UUUUAGAUUUUAAGUUUGCUAGUGUGUUCUUUUUUCGUGUUUAAACAGUAGUAUUAAGUCGUGUGUGAUCAUUUUUAUAUGAAUUAAAAUAUUACAAGAAUUCAACAAAAAAAUAUAGUAUAAUAAAAAUAAACACAAAAACUGUUCAACCGUUUUCUGCCGAGUUCUAAGAAUCAUCAAGCACAUUGAAUAGUUGAUUUUGGAAUAUUACUGUGGAUUUGUAUUUAUUGAUAUUCUCAUUAUCAACACAAUUAUCAGUAUUAGUUUUGCAUUGGGUGCAUCAAAGUCACACAUAGGAUUUUAGCCGAUCGAAAAUGGAUGUGAAGAGUACAACAAUGGCCACAAAGUCUGAAAUGGUUGCGUCAACUGUAAGUGGUAGUAAUAAUAGUGGAUCAAAUAAACGAAAACGUCGCGCCUCGUUUGAUGAGAUCGACAUUGAGAAUCAACGGCCGCCACCCGCAAAAAAAGUUUAUUCUUCAUCAGGAGAGGAUUUGGAUUCGGCUAGUGAUAUUGAAAACGAUGCUGUUGAAUUGGAUUUGUAUGCGAUCGCCUCGAGUCCACCACAAUCAGUAGGUAACCUUCGACAGAAAAACGAUGGUGGUGGUGGAAGUGGCACCGGUGACCGUAACAUUCGUACAAUACGCAACACAAAUUCAACAUCACAUUCGACAAUAAAUAAUAAUGAUAUUAGUAUAAAUAAUAAUGAUAAGACACCAAUAACAAAAUGUACAAAAUGCCAUUCAAGAAACGAUUUGCGAAUUUGCCCAUUGCCAUUGUUAUCAUGGGCCGAUGCAAAGGAUGUGUGGCGUUUCAUGUGCGAUAAAGAUAAAAAAACAUCGAUGGAUAGGAGUCCGAAAAUGUUACAGAAACAUCAAGGAUUACAGCCACGAAUGCGUGCAAUUUUAUUGGAUUGGCUAUGUGAGGUGUGCGAAGUAUAUAAAUUACAUCGUGAAACAUAUUAUUUGGCUUUAGACUAUUUGGAUCGAUAUCUAUCGACAAAAGUUAGCAUUUCGAAAACAUUUUUGCAAUUGAUUGGCAUCACAUGCCUAUUUAUUGCGGCCAAAGUUGAAGAAAUCUACCCGCCAAAAUUAAGCGAAUUUGCCUAUGUCACGGACGGUGCAUGCAGCGAAGAGGAUAUUCUGAAACAAGAACUCGUCAUACUCAGUGCACUGCAAUGGCAAACCAGCCCAAUCACAAUCAUCGGAUGGCUUGGCAUUUAUAUGCAACUUCAAGUUAGCAAUCGAACACCAAAGACAUAUGAAGAAACACCACAGAAACAAGUUUUGAAAGAUUCAACAGCAACACAGACAUCACAUAAUGAGAAAACGUCGACCACGAACAAUGGCAUCGAUGAUGGUUUUGUUUUUCCACAAUUUUCCGGAAUGGAAUACGCACAAACCGCACAACUUAUCGAUCUCUGUACGCUUGAUGUUGAAAUUGCCAAUUUUCCAUACUCAGUUAUUGCAGCCGCUGCCAUUAGUCACACAUUUAACAAGAAAGUCGCAAUUAAAUUAUCAGGUUUAGAAUGGGCAACGAUAGCUCCGUGCUACCGGUGGAUGGAACCAUAUUUCCAAGUAAUUUUGCAACAACCAAAACUAAUUUUGCAGGAGAAACACGAACAGAUUGAAUCAAAACAAGGCAUGAAUUCGGUAUGCCCAAAUAUCAACACAGACGAUUCACACAUUAUUCAAAUGCAUACCACAACGAUGGAUAUGUUUGAUCAAGCAGCGUUAUACCGAGAUCAAUGUCUGCAAGAGGCAUCACCAGCACCAAUCCGUAAAAAUAUCGAACAUAUUUGUCCACCAGACGGUCUGCUAACGCCACCCGAUUCUAGUCGAAAAUUCUCCGAAACUCAUCCCGAUUCAAACUACAAAUAGAAGAUACAAAGACUUGAACCACAACAUAAACAAUUAAAUUAACAAACCACACCACCCCCUGAAACUAAGCCUAUUUAUUUUUGCAAAUUCAAAAAAAAAAAAAAAAAAAAAAACGAAAAUAAAACAAAUGUUGCAUGAAUAUUUUAUGCACUUAUUAUAUCAAUUUUAGUUCUAAUUUUUGUAAGAAUUCAAAAUACAACUAAUUUGGGAUUUAAUGUCCAUA